UGGGAAAUUUUCAUGCUAUAUAAGACGGGAGAAAUCAUAUUAUAGCGUUGGUUACGACCUAUGCGAACCUCUGAACCGCCGACAAAAAAUCGCGACAUGUUCGUAGCGGUCCUUUUCCUCCCCUUUGUAGCCGGGAACGUCUUUACGGAAAGCAGCCCCAAGCAAGUUCCGGAAGUAACUGAAAGAAGAGAAUAUGGAAAAACCUACACGAUAUUUGACCCUUGCAAUACGCACAAAGCUGGUGGCCGAACAGUAAGUUGUUUCCAGUUGCUAAUGAAAGGACACACCAAGAGCGGUGAAUAUGAUAUCAAACCUGAUAAUAAAAACAUCACCGUGUAUUGUGACAUGGAGACGAAUGGCGGCGGAUGGACCGUGAUUCAACGUCGGGACGCAUCUGAAACAUACGAAGAGAACCUCUUCGAGAAAACGGAUGAAGAAUACGAGGAUGGAUUUGGAAAUGCCUCGGCUUCAUUCUGGAUAGGGACCAACAAUAUUCAUGCCCUCACGAGCCAUCCAAGUAGCGAUCAAGUUCUCAGGAUCAAACUGACAAAAGAGAAUAAAGAAACAAUUAUUGUGCAGUAUGGUAAAUUUCAAGUCGGUCCAAAAAGCGACAGGUACAGAUUGACCUACGCCAAAUUCUGGAGCCCUAAUGGUACUUACCACGACUACGACGGGCUGGUGUUCCACAACCAAACCAGGUUUCUCGUCGUGAAAGAAGCCGAAACGGGUCAUUUUUGCUCAGAUUCGCUAAUUAGUGGUGGCUGGUGGAUGACGUCUUUUGGUUGCCUUUUUUCCAAUCUUAAUGGGCGUAAAUUCAAAGGUCAUGUUCCGUACAGAAACAGGGGCCAUGGUAUUACCUGGCACAAACUAGACUAUUCGAGUUCCUACCAAAACGUCUACGAAACUGUGGAAAUGAAGAUCAGGGAUGUCGAUUAUAAAUUCUGCACGGGCCAAAUGGCAACUCUGUUCUCUUAUUCCUGAUGUUCAAGGCGAAAAUCACAAAUUUGAGCCGAAGCCGCAAUUCAUUAU